GCCAACGCAGGGCUGUGUCUAGGAUGGAGGACAAGCAUCCCAACCUAGGAACCCCUCAGGCCUGCUCUCCAGGACAGGGAGGAGGACUCAUUCAAUCAGUUAGUCAAAGAGUAAGGCAAACAUGUGCUAGGCUCUGUUUUAAUUACUGGGGUUUCAUUCAUUCAUUAAUUGAAUUCCACUGUAAAACUGAACAAGACAGACAUCUUCCCUGCCCUCAAGGAUACGUAUAGGCUCCUAUGGGAGACAGUUUGAAAAAAAUAAGCAGAUAAGAUACGUACGGAUAAGAUUAGUUGCUGGGAGGAAAGUGAAAUAGGCUAAGGGGAUAGUUUGGAGGGAAUAGCUAGCUGCUUUAGAGUGUUGAGGAAAGGCCUUUAAGGAGGUGAGUCCUGGAAGAUUGCAAGUGGAGUCAUGCAGAUGGGGGAGGAGUUUGUAGAAAAGGGAACAGGAAGGACUUUUCUGAUGAGGUGCCAUUUAAACUGAGUCCUGAAUGAUAAAGGAGGAAUGGUUACGUACAGAAAUGGGAUCAAAGGUGUUCUAGGCAGAGGGAACUGAGUACAAAGGUCCUGAAGUGAGAAUGAGGUUGGUGUGAAUGAUGAGCAGUGUGCAGGAGUGGACAGCACUUCAGUGACCUAGUAGGGUGGACCAAGGGCCUUGCCAGUGGGGAAGAGGAAAUCUGAUUCCCAUUUGACAGUAGUAAACCAGAGUUCAAGAGGGAGAAACUGGUUGAGGAAGUGAUGGCGCCUGGCUUUUCCAAUUCCACCAUGGCUGACCUUGAAGCCUGUGCAUCUCUUUACUGUUAAUGCUCUAAUCUAGCGCGAGGCCUCCUGCAGAACUGAGGGGCUGAGUCUAUGCUCUCACUGGGAAGCAGUUGCUCUGGCAGAGGCAGAACCAGAUGAUCCUGGACUGGAAGUUCUUGUCCUUUGUUUUUGCCUGUGAUCAUUCAGAGCCUGGGGGAAGGGACCAGUUAACCCCAGGAAGCCUGAUAGGAGACUAGGUUUUCUCAGUCAAGCUAGGAGUUCUUUUAAGGUAGCAGCUUCAAAGGCCUGAUUCUUUUGGAGUGUCAGAGUCUAACCUGGGAUAAGUAGAGUCUCUGUGCAUGUGUGAGAAAUGUACACAUUUCCCUGCUUCCAGGGGGAUUGGAAAUGGGAAUGGGAAAAUGUGUUCUAGACCUUGUAUGUGCUUGAUUAGAAGCCUUUGGGUGCAGCAAGAUGUUUGUGGACCUGGCAAGGCCAUGGGCUGUGAGUGAGUGGUUCAGAAAGUUCUAGCUUGGGGCUGGUGGGCAGGUGUGCCUGGGUAUGUGAGCAAGCAGGCAAGUACCGACUCACCGACCUGUGAACCCCACAGUAACCUGAGAGUCUAAAGGGGGCAGGCAGCAUGCCUUUCCUUACAGUGUUAAGAGAGUGGGUUCUGACAUCAGAGUGCCUCGGUUCAAAUUGCAGCCCUGCUGUCUACUGGCUUUGUGACCUUGGCUAACUUAUUUGACCACACUGUUCCUCAAUACCCUUAUCUGUAAAAUGGCUAAUUAACGCCACCUACUUCAGAGGAGACGAGUAAAAGCACUCAGAACCAAAUCUGGCUCAUAGCAGUGCCAGAAAAUAUUAGCUUGUGUUUAUGUUUAUAUUUAUAUUUAGGGAAUCACACAUAUAGUUCCUUGAAUAGUCCUGAACUCUGCUCUGCCCAUCACCUGCUGUGUGGCCUUGCCUCAGUUUCUUUACCUAUAAGCCUCAGUCUUCUCAUCGGACAGUUGCUUUGGUUGGGUUGAAUGCAGCAAACAUGGGCAAGGCACUUAAGGAUGGUGGUCGGCUCUGAGAAAUAGUGGCCAGCAUUUACUGAGCUCUGCUGAGUGCUUCAAGUCUGUUCUCUCCUGAGUCCUGCUGUGCAUGCUCUGUGGUAUAAGUGCUCUGGUUAUCCACAUUUAAUAAAGGGGCAGACAGGUAGCUCAGGGAGGUGAGCCAGCUUACUCAAGACCCCUCAGCUAGUGAGUGACAGGACCAGGGAGAAAGUGCUAGGGACUUUUUUUUUUUUCUUUUUUUUUUACUUCUGGAAGGUCUGUCAGGUAAUUCUGCAUUUCAUUCUUGGUGUUCCCAGCAGGUCAUGCUUUCCUUUUAACUUCUUUCUCUCUCUCUUUCUCUCUUCAGUCUCUCCCUUCUUCACGUUUUUUGAGGUAUACCUAUACAAAGUGUACUGAUCUUAAGCUCAGUGGAUUUUUACCUAUGCAUGCUUUUGUGUAGCCAUCACCCAGAUCAAGGUUUCAAGUGCCCAGAAUCCCCUUCAUUUCUGUCACUUUUCCCAAGUUGUCUUCCCAGGUGGCUGUCAUGGGAGCCCUGUCUGGAAGAUGCGACAGUUUGGGUAACAGUUUGGUCAUUUUGGAGUGUAAAAGGAAGAGAACAGAGUAAUCAAAAGCUCACAGGGCCAAGGUGGGUGGAGAGGGUGUUUUUCUUUUAAAAUACAUGAGUGGUUUUAAGGAGAAAUUGAAGCAGCCCGUUCAGACAAUUGUUUUGGUAUCUGGCCCCAGGUCUGUGGUUCCUAACAUGACUUGUGAUAUUAUUUUAAGUGGGCAGAUGGCUUUUUGAUAGCUUCUUUAUCUUUUGAUCUCAGCUCUUGCAAAGGGGAGGUUGGUGCUCAUUGCAAGAUCAGCGGUAAGAUUUUCUUUGUAGGUCGGUGGCUUUCUUAGCGAGUACAUUUCAACUUAUUAUUGUAAAAGCUGUGUGCUGCUGGUGACUUGGAGUGCUGUUGAAGAACAGCUGCCCCCUGCAACCCAGCCCUCUUGGGAAAUGGUAGCUGAUCUCAGGGGAUAGGCUUAACCCGUGGGAACCCCAUGGUAGAGGGUUUCUUGUUCAGAAGUACUGGCUGCAGGCCCACCGUGAACUGGGCAUGGCCGUGUCAGGUGGGGGCACGGGAGGUCUGUGGUAGCCAUUGGGCUACAGCUCAGAAACCGAAAUGGCUGCAUUCCUGGGAUCGCUGGACCAGGCUUUGGAUAACCCUUAGGCUUAGAGAUGUUCCAUCAACAAGCGUUUGUUGAGGGCCUACUAUGUGCUGGGCACAGUGCUAGGUUCAAACAGGGAAAAAGAUGGAGGCUGGCACUCAGCUAUCAAAGGUUUUGUAGCGGUACUGGGUGGGGAAAAGCAGGGACGGAGGGCUUGGUACAUGAGGCCUGGCAGAGACCCUACUCUGUGCUUGGUAUUUUGCUGAGGGUUUGGGUGCAAAGGCCUCAUACAAUCCUUUCAACAUUCCCUGUGAGAGAGACUGUUUUUAUCCCUUUCCUGGAUGAGCAAACAGAGGCUCCCAGAGUCCAGAGUCCUAGGACUGGUGUCAGGAGGAGCCCUCCUGGUCUGCCUUGGCUUAACACCCUUAGAAGGUGUCCCAUUCCUCUUAAAAAUAAAGACCAAGAAAGCCUCAGCAUGGCCUUCAAGCAUCCCCCUGCCCUGUCCUCCAGUCUGGCAUCUGCAGCUGCCAGUCUCAUUUCACACCAUCCUCUGCCUUCUGAGCUCCUGUCACCACGGUCUCAUUGAAGUGCCUUGCCCCUUACUGUCUCAGGGCCUUCCACCCAUGCUGUUUUCCUUCACCAGGAAUGUUGGUCCUGUGCUCCUCUCUGUCUCCUCAGUUUGGUCCUUCAGUCCUAAGAGGGCUUCCUCUGGGAAGCCUGUCCAUCCCAACAUCCUCAGGCCUCAGUGUGUUCAUAACAUGGAGCAGGUGAGCCCUGCUGAAGAACAUCACAUAGCAGAACAGAUGUGUGUUGCCACAAAUUUAAGCUCAUUUUCCAGCUUGCCUGGCAGUCCUGUUCUAUUUUUCUGAUCCACUCUUGUCUCCACUUUGAUGUGACUCUUUUCACAUGUUCUUUACCUUCAGACUUCCUGCUUCAAAAAACAAAAUGAAGCCAUAAGAAGGGAACUCCCCACAACUUGCAGCCCCUAAGCCUGCAAACUAAGUUCCCUCCCUUGUGUUACAGGGGAGAAGAGGGUCCUUUUACUCAGGCCAUUCCCCCCUCCCCGGACUUAUGCCCUGGGUCCUAUUUUCUGCCACUUGCUCCAGAACUUGACCUUUCUCUCCUGGCUGUUUUUCAACCACCCUCCUUGCUGAUCCUCUCAGCCUUUAUGUGUGCUAGUGUCUCUGCUUUCUUAAAAACCUGUUCUUUGACCUCACCUCUGUCCCUGCUGCUCUUGGCCAGCACCUAAUCACCCCCGUUCAUUACGGACUCCCCCUUCUAAAGAAUUCCCCACACUCCUCCGUUUGCUUCAGCUGCCCCCCCCCAACAUCUGCCAGAUUCCAUAGGUGGUUUUGGUUUUCUUCUUGAAGCGGUUGAUCCCUCCUUCUUAAAAAAACAGUCUUCUCUUGCCUUGGGACCACGCUCUGCUGCUUUCCUCUUAACACUCUGGCCCUUCUCCUUGCUAUUUCCUUCCACCUCACAUAGCCAAGCUCGGUGUCUCCACUUGGCUGAUGUCCCAAAGAUGCAUCCCGUGUUCAAGAUCACAUCCAUCACCUCCCUGAAAGUGUUCCUGAGCGGCCUCUUCCCUACCCCUCCCUUGCUUAUAUCUUCCUUCUAAGCAUCCUAAGCCCAUCCUGACCCUGGAGUCUGGGCCAGGGCCCUUUUUGUUCUAGGGCAUUCAUCCUUUCCUGAAGGCACCGACCUCAGUUUGCAGUUAGACCUUCAUUAGGGGAUUAUUGGAUGACCCUCCCUGCCCUCUUAGACUGUAAGCUCCGUGAGGGGUAGGGACACGGUCUGCUUUGGUUCACCACUGUAUUCCUGCAGGGCCUGCCAUGGUGCCUGGCACUUAACAGGUGCUCAAUAAAUGUUUGUUGAAAGAAUGAGUGUGAGUUAUUUUUUUAAAUGUCUUCCUCCACACGAAAUUGUAAGCUUCCUAGUUGAGGUGCUCACCAUUGCGUCUCCAGGGUCUGUCACUGGGCUGAUGCACAGUAAGGCCUCUGAUUUUUAGGUCACCUGUUGCUGAAUGGAUGGGGACCCAAUUUGCUAUCUUGAGUUGGCAGCCUCAGGGGAAACCAGAACAAUCAAAGUUGAAACAGGACAGGCCAAGGGCCAUCUUAGUUGUCUGGAAAGUGAGGAUUUUGUGAGAAAGUGGUCCUCUUUUACUCCACAGUCAGUAGGGCAUCAUGGUUAAGGGUGUGGACAGACGCCACCCGCUAUAGAAGUGGCAGAGCUUAGAUCUGAGCCAGGGCGGUCCUGCUCUAGUUCCCCAGUUCUCAACUGCUAUACCAGGCUGGGUGGUACAUCUUAACCAGUGGGACAUCGGUGGGCAAGUUGCUUUCCUUUUCAAAGCCUCAGUUUUCCCUCAGUGGGAGAUUGGAGGGGGAUUGGUGUUCGUUAGCACUUCAUAGGCGACGUUCCACUCUUUCCUGAAUUCAUGGCCCUCUGAGAUAGCUGUUACCAUUAUACCUUCUUUACGAAGGUUCAGUGACUUGCUCCAGGUCACACAGCUGGUAGGUGGCAGAGCUGAGGUUAUUCAAAAGUACACAUCCUGACCCUUCAUUGAGCUGUGGAAUCAUCAAUUUCCUGGAUCACAACGAAUAUUAGAGAAAAAAACUAGCAUAGGAAAUUAUCAGCGUGCAUCCUAACACAUAGUAAAGGUAAGUGUUGUUUCAUUCAAAGAACAACUUUUUCAGUUCUAUAUAUGUAUAUUUCCACAUGCAUGGGUGUGCUGACUUAUGAUGUAAAAUGUAUUUCUUACUGUGGGUUACCGCCAAACAAAUGAAGUCACUGCUGUAAAAGAAGCUCAUGGCAGUGAUAAACUGCUCUCCUUCCUCCACCUCGCUGGAUGGGCUGUAAGUCUCAGAGUUGCUACUGACACAGACUGUAGUCGGGGAAGGCAGAACAAUGCCCCCGCAGAAUGUGGUGGCUUUUACAGCCACUUCAAACCCUGUUCUUUUCAGAAAGCAGAUGGCUUGGGGUAACCAGAAUUCCAAGUAUCGAGGGGCAGGUUUCUGAAGCCAUCUGACCCCCUGGAGAGUCAGCAUUAUCUUUGAGUUGACUACAUGGGAGCUGGGGUCUGUUGAGUUUCCCUUUGGGUUUCAGCAUGUGACCCACUUUGGGCUGGCUGGGUUCUUUGAAAACAAUGUUGGGGGUGCUCCCAGAGGACUCGGGGUGGUAGGGGCAGUGAUGUGACUGCUCUGAAAGUCUGCUUUGCUCUUCCCCAUUGGGGAUUGUCAGCCCCCCCUUGCCCUCACUCUGACGAUUCACUUUUUUGUUCUGUCUCCGGCUGGCCCAGGUUGGGGCCAAUGGCACCUCUUUCUGAAAUCUCACCUCCUGCCCCACCCCCCCGGGUGUCGUCUGAGGUCAGCGGUCAUUGAGUUUCCUGAUGGCAGGAGGAAUUUCACACCCAGGAUAUUGGUGUGGCCCCUUCUAGGCUGCGCGUCUUGACUAGUUCUAGAGAACACCCCAAGGAUGCAUCCUGGAUGCAGGCCCACUACUGCCUACUGCCCUUGAGGAGAUAGCAUGUGGCAUUUGUGGGGCCAGUGCCAAAAGAGCAGGUUUCCUUCUCGAAAAUUAGCAAGCACCCUGGAGGUACAGUUUUGUUCUUAAUCUCCUCCCUCCCCAUUUUUCUAAGAACCCCUCUUCUCUGUUACUGAUCAGUGAGUCAGUAUACACUUGUACCCCAUUUCUCUUACUAUCCUCCUUUUGAUUAAAGUCAUAGCUGCCCCUGACUGUUUACUGUGAAAGACAGUUCAAGGAUAUUUAGUUUUUUUUUUUUCUUCAGCCCACAGUUUCAAACACUGUCUUCAAAAUGGAGCCCACUUUGGAUUGUUAUCAGUGUGGUAUGUAGUUAGUGGGUGUAGAGACAUGGUUCCUUGAGCCUCAGUUUCCGCAUUUGUAAAAAGGGAAGAAUGUCUCUUUGAAGGAUGGAUGUGAAGGUUUUCAAAUGACUUGGUGUAUCAAUGAAAAGGGCCCACGUUGGAGGAGAUGAACAAUAAAUGCUUGUGCCUUCUGCUUUCAUCUCUCUGACUUCAGAGGUAUGGAGAGUGCCCUGUGUACUUCUGCUGACUUUGUGGAUCUUGGGAUCAGCUGAAUUGCUUGACCUGAUUUUUGGAAGUUCCUCUUCUCACGCUCCUUGGCUGCAGAAGAGAUGCUUUGGGGGCUGAACAAUUUGUUUUGUGUUUGUUUUUCUUCUCUCUCUUCUUUCUUCAACUGAACUGUGGAAUUCUUUUCCUUCUGGUUGGCUGCAUCCUGUGUCCCGUCACCCCCCACCCCCACACUCUUUACUCUCUCGUGUACAUUCAGGACUCUGGAGUGGUAUUUAGAAGCUUGGUUGUGCGUGUCAGCACUGAACCAGAUGGUAGGGGAUGGCUUGCCUCGUCCUGCCCCUGGGAGAAAGGGCUGCCCUUCUGUUUGUGGGUCUUCUUUAAGAAGCUUGCUUUAGAAGAUCCUAGGAAGGUGACAUUUUUCUAAUGAAGGUUUACACCAGCAAAAGAAGUCAGUAGAAAUUGUUUUGGGCCACAAGUCCAAAGCCCUUGACUUUAAACUUACUGGGGGGAGGAGGGUGGGACCUGGUGCACGAUCAAGCUGGUUUGUUCCAAAUACCCCUUUCUUAUCCAUGAUGCUCAGGAGUUGGUGGCCAGGCUUCCAGAGUUACUCACUCCAGGGCCUUGUAAUAUUCAGAUUCAAAUACCUUUGGUGAGGUGCACGAGCCCUAGUCAUUGGAGAAAGAUAGAUGGUCCCUUCUGGGGCUUCUAGACUCUAGAUCUAUGCACCUGGUUCACAUUUCUUCCCUGAGGGACCUUGCAGCCACUGCUGUGUCUGUUGAUCUAGGCACAUGUCCCAUGAAGGCAGGGAAACUGAGAAUGAAUAUAUGGGCAAAAGGCAGGUCCAAAGAAAAGCCCAAAUGAAAGAAGAAGGAGAGAUGUUGUCUUAUUACUGCUGCCCGCCUCUAUCUACUUCCAGAAAGGGUCGGAGAUAGGGUUGAGGUAAGACCUCAGUUUCCCUCGUCCAGGAAGUAGCAGUGUGUUGAUUGAGAGCUCAAAUUUAGACAUGGGAGCUGAAAGGCUUAGGUUUGGAUCCUUGCUGUGUGACCUUGAGCUGUUUCCUCGGCUCCCUCAUCAUCAUUUGUGAGAUGCAGAUAAUAAUACUGCCUACUUCACAGGAUUAAAAGUACCUACCUCACAGAAUUGUUGUGAGGAUUACAUUAAUAUAGGUGAAGUGCAUAGAACAGUGCCCAGCAUCAUAGUGGGUAUUCAGGUCAUCUAGUGAUCCUCGGUUUCUGUGAGGUAAUUGAUUAUGUGUUUUCAAAAAGUUGCAACCAUCUGCAGAAAUGUCAACAUAAUCAUAUUACCUUUUGGGAAGAAAAAGGUCUGAGCAAUUGCCUCAGCUCCUCUCUGUCCCCGCUCAUGUUUUUGUUAACACUUCCCUCUCAUUUGUCUUCAUCUGUCAACAUUUGGCACUCAUUUCUGAGAAUGAGAACAGCGAUUUCUCCAUGAUCCCUGUGACCCCACCCCUGGCAGAGACUGGCUGAAAUACACUUGCCUUGUGCCACUUAGACCUUGCUCGGGGCCUGACUUGCCUGGUGGAGGAAGACCAAUCCUCAUGAAUAUCUACAGUAGAUUCAGCUCCCCCACCUCCCCGCUCAGUGCCAGGCCCCGGUGUCUGGCUUGAUGUCCUCAUUUCCCCUGACUGCCCUGUGCUUGGUGUGCACAUCCUGGCUGUCCUGUGCUCUGUUUUAAGGCCUCCUGAGGAAGAACUGAGGAUGAACAACCUGGAUGGUAACACCCCUGCUAUGGCGGAACGCCCUAAAGUCCAGGAGUCAGUGGGUCCCCUGGUGGCCCCCACCCCUCUCCGUCCAUGGCCUCAGAUGACACUUCAGGUUUCUGAAGUUACAGUGACUGGCAAACCCCCAGAAGAAGGUGACGUCCCCAGAAGCAAUCCACCUGUGGCUUUCACAGAGGUCCCCCAGGCACCAGCCAUCAGGAUUCUCCCCUCUUCCUCUCUCUGUGGCCUGGGGGGCUCCCCCAGGGACCAGGCCUCAGGGCCCGAUGCAAGUGAGGGGGCACCCGGGCCUCUCCUGGAACCCAACCAGCAACAGGUGGAGGCCACGUGGGAAGUAUCGAGAGAGCAUGGAGGGGGCCGAAAGGACUCCAUGGUGGGGGCUAUUAUUGAUGAACCCCCUGGGGGUCUGGAGGUUGUGAGUGGGUUGGAGGAGCUGCUUGGCGAGGACACCAUUGACCAGGAGCUGGAGCAGCUCUACCUAUCCCACCUGAGCCGCCUGCGGGCUGCUGUGGCUGCAGGUGGGGCAGGAGGUGGUGGGGAGGGCCCCACAGAUGGGGGGGUGUCCCCCAGCCAUCCCCUGGGCAUACUCACGGACCGAGACCUGAUCUUGAAGUGGCCUGGCCCUGAGCGGGCCCUGAACAGUGCCCUGGCUGAGGAGAUCACACUGCAUUAUGCCCGGCUGGGGCGUGGUGUGGAGCUUAUCAAGGACACUGAAGACCCUGAUGAGGAGGGGGAGGGCGAAGAGGGACUCUCUGUCAUACCCUCCAGCCCAGAAGGGGACACCCCCAAGGAAUCACCUCCGGAAAUCCUCUCUGGGGCCCAUUCUGUGGUAGCCACUAUGGGAGAUGUGUGGCUUCCAUGGGCAGAGGGCUCGGGAUGUGACAGCCCUGUGGUUCUGGGUGCAGAGGGUCAGUUCACCAGGGCUCCAGAAAAAGGGAUGGGCAAGGACACUGAUUCUUUGCAUAUGAGUAGGGUGACAUCUGGGGUGACCGGGUCCCCAGGGGGGAAGGAAGGCCGGAUGGAGUUUACCACUGAGUGGGCAGACAGCUUGGUUCCCAUAUCUGGUAAGGAGCCAGCCGCUCCAGUCCUACGGGGGCAAAGUCUUACCCUUCUUGGUCCCUCGGGGGCUGCAGUCUGUCCUAGCCUGGCCAGGCCCCACAUGAGCUCCCAGGAUGAGGAGGGUCCAGGCCCAAGCCUUGAUCCUCCAAAGAAGUCUCCCACCUUAGCAGCCCCUGCAGAAUGUUUGUGUAUAUUACCUCCCCAGCUCUGGGGGCCCUUGACCCAGACUCUGGGGGUCCUGGCUGGGUUGGUGGUGGUCCCUGUGGCUCUGAACAGUGGUAUGUCCCUCCUGGUGCUUGCACUGUGCCUCUCUCUGGCCUGGUUCUCGUAGAGGCUGCUUAUGGGGCGCAGCAAUGAUAGGCUUCCCCCUCUUUGGAGUCUGGGGUAGGCAGUCCCUAUACCCCCCCAGGGGCUUCUGAUGGGCUAUGUGGCUUGUAUAGUGAGGGGUCUUUUGCUUCUGAGAAUGCCUGACUGGAAAGAGACCUUCCCAUCCCUGAGGACUUGUGGGCACAGGGCUUCUUGCGGUGAUACCAGUGGAGGGGAACAGGGCUCGGUGGAUGGUGUGAGAUAUCUUUUCAGAAGGGAACUGGGCAUGUCCUCCCUACCCCCCAAGCCUGUAUUUAUUUUUGUAUAAUUCUCUGGACGAGGGAGAGUGGUCGUGAGCUGGUCUUGGGGCACAAUUACCCAGAGAUAUAUUUAUUAACAGCCAACCUGUGCAACCUGCUGGAGCUUUAUUUUUAAUUUAAUUUAUAUAGAGUACCUAUUAUUAUAUGCCACAAUAGAGCUCUAUGAAAAAUGAUGUGUCUUACUGUACAGUGUUCUCUUGUUUGGGCCUGCAUGUGUGGGGUGGUCAUGUUCUGUGGGAGGCUCAAGGUGGGGAGUUGGGCGUGGGACAUGGCCAUGCCUGCUGCUACAGCUUCAAUAUGCCCUUGAGGAUCUGUGUCACCUCACCUUAUGGUCCUACUCCGUGUGGUCUGGUGGUCUUUGGAGGGGCAGGUCCUUUGGUCUUUUCUAUAUUCUGCCAGGGAGGGAGGAAGAAUGAUUGCCAUAUGAGGGUUUGCUGUCGAACACGUGGCUGUAGUGAUGGAUGUGAUCAGCUGUAGAUGUGGGAAUACCAGUUAUGAAUCAGCCACAAGGUUUUGAAGUUACUGAAAAAAAAAAAGGCCUCUGAUACCAGGAGGAGACCCCUCU